CGAGUUUAGUUUCUCCUUAGCCUGGUCGGAGUAAGGUGCGCUGCCAGCCCUGCGCCAUGGUGUGUGAGCCAGCAUCGUGUAGACUCCGCUAGGACCUUGCGUCGCCACUUGCUCCGAUGUGAUGCGGCCGCAGGACAAGACAAUGAGGCUCAAGAUCCGUAAUUUGGUGCAGCAGGCAGCCUUAGCUUGCGUGGGCCUGACUGUGUGUGUGUUAGUUCUCCAAAAUUUAGCUCAUAGCCUGCGUGAUUCUACCGCGGCAGAGGAAAGGCCCCGCUCGCCCAAGUUCCUCCCCGUGCAGGCGUGGCCAGAGCGCGCCCCAAGGUCUCUAGGCAGAGACUAUGAGGUGGCUGCCGCGGCGGGCGACUCCAACACUGUCCUGCGGGAGGGAGAACCCUCGGGAGGAAGGAGAGAAGAGGACCUGGAAAAUGAAGAGGAGGCCAAACAGAGACGUCUUCUAAAUACUUUAGUAGCAACGGCGACUGCCCAGCCCUCCACCAGCCUUGAUGAUCUCUUCAUCACCGUCAAGACGACCCGAGGAUUUCACCACACACGCCUAGACCUCAUCCUCAAGACGUGGUUUACCCUGGCGCGGCAACAGACCUGGUUCUUCACGGAUGUUGAGGAUGAGGAGUACCAGAGGAAGACAGGCGGACACCUCAUCAACACUAACUGCUCGGCGUCCCACAACAGGCGUGCGCUCUGCUGCAAGAUGGCUGCGGAGUUUGAUGCUUUUCUGCAGUCUGACAAAAGGUGGUGGUGUCACUUCGACGACGACAACUACGUCAAUGUGGGCCAACUGGUGACGACCCUGGCGGACUACGACCCCCUGCACGACUGGUACCUCGGCAAGCCCUCCAUCCGUGCCCCGCUAGAGAUCAUAAACAGGGACAACGUUUCGCAACGCAUCUCCUUCUGGUUCGCAACAGGCGGCGCGGGGUUCUGCAUAUCUCGCUCUCUCGCCCUCAAGAUGAUGCCCAUUGCAGGUGGAGGCAAGUUUAUCAGCGUGGGGGAGAAGAUACGACUGCCUGACGAUGUUACCAUGGGAUAUAUCAUUGAGCAUCUUUUACGGAAGAAACUGACGGUGGUAGACGAGUUUCAUUCUCACCUUGAACCGAUGCGACUCCUCAACACAGACUCCAUCGACCGACAGGUGAGCUUCAGUUACUCGCAGUACGGGACGGAGAUGAACGUGCUGCCUCUAGACGGCCUCGACCCACGCCUCGACCCCACCAGGCUGUUGUCGCUCCACUGCAAGCUCUUCCCCAACUUCAGCUACUGCUCUGCUUAGCCUUGGAGGAGCAGGAGGAGGAGGAGGAAGGAAAGCUUUGCCACGACUUUAGAGUACCGAGCGAGCGUGGCAAGUGUGGUUCAGUGCUGUGCUUCUGUGAUAUGGAGGAAGAGCUGCUCAAUACCGUGGAGAGAGAGAGAGAGAGAGAGAGAGAGAGAGAGAUGCUCUAAUCACACACUUUUGAUGCAAGGUUGUUUUUAUUUUACGUAGAGGUUUUGUUUUCCUGACGAAUUUCCUUCCCUUCUUUUCUUUUGUCUUUUAUUUCCUUCCAGUGUUUGUCUUUGUUGAGAUUGUGAUUACUUUCCUGCUUUCCUUCGUUCCUUUUUUCUCUUGUUGCCUUCCUUCUUUUCUUCUUUCCUUUUACCUCCUAUUUUUUACUCUUUUAUGACAUUUUAUAUUUGAAAUCCUUAUAUUCUCCUUCCUUCCUUCCAUCGUCGAGGUUUUCCAAGUAUUUGCUCACGACCUCCUUCACUGCCUUCCUUCAAGUCAGUGUUGAUUCUCCACAUUAUAUUAAAAAAGACAUGAGAGAGAGAGAGAGAGAGAGAGAGAGAGAGAGAGAGAGAGAUGCUAGUCACACGUACAUGCUUCCAAGAGGGGCAGCAGCGUACAUAUAUGUUUUGUGUAUCCCUGAAACACACACACACACACACACACACACACACACACACACACUGCUGCACUGUGAUAUAUGUAGAGUGCCUCAUUUAGCGAUUCAUUGCACCCUUGUCGCUAAAUUUCUUCACUUUUUUUUUUAAUCUCAUUUAUAAAUUUAUAUUCCUUUUUGUAAUCUCAUUUAUACAUUUAUAGCAAUGUUGAAAUUAUAACGGAGUUUAGUGGACUAGAAUAUAUGGCUGAUGUACAUUUGUAAAUAAAAUGUAUGAAAGAU